UUGCCGCUGUCUCAAAUGGCCCUCCUCCGAUUGAGGGCCCUCAGGGUAGCAACGGGAAUCCCAAGCUAAGCCUUCACUGUUUACCGUAGCCAUUUUGGCUCAAAGCAUCUUGGCUCAAUUUUUCUUGUCCUUCGCUGGCACACACAGAUUCAUAGAUAUGGGGUGACAGGUGUUGCGCUGAGAAGCGAGAAUAGGUUGACUUGAGUUCGGGCUCCACUCAGCGUAAGCGCAGAAGGAUCUUGAUUUCGCAAAAAGCGAUCCAUCACAAUGCGACAGGUUCCAUUCAUGCUCAUGCGCGGUGGCACGUCGCGGGGUCCAUAUUUCCUCGCCAACGAUCUCCCAAAGUCUAGGGAACAGCGAGGCAAGGUGCUUCUGCAUGCCAUGGGCAGCCCGGAUCCUUUUGGCUCCCAGGCAAAUGGGCUGGGGGGUGGUGGUGUGUCGAUAUUGUCGAAGGCAGCCAUUGUAUGCAAGGCAGAAGACGAUCCAGGGUCGGCCGGCGCGUCUUCUACAACCGUUGAUGUAUGUUACACUUUUGCUCAAGUUGGGACGCGUGAGCCCGCCGUCAAAUGGAAAGCCAAUUGCGGAAACAUCAUGUCGGGUGUGGGUCCGUUCGCUAUCUUACGGGGUUUGGUAGACCUCACGCAGAAUGAUUUGGCGGUGGGGUACAAAAGCGUGAGAGUGCUCAACACUAACACAUCUACACGUGGCGUUGUCAAGGUCCCGUUGAAUAGAGGUUGCCCUAGCUUGUCUUGCAAUGGCGAUUUGCAUCCAAGAUUGUCCAAUGAGGUGUUACCACAGGCGUUCCGCUAUGCAGAUGAGGACGUUGCUGCCAAGGCUGGCAUUCCUGUUGAGGUGUCGUUUCUGGACGUGCUGGGACCUCUAACCGGCAAGAUUUUCCCCACUGGUAAACGGAUAGAUGUUAUACAAGGAGUAAGGUGCACCUGCAUCGACAGUGCGAAUCCAGUCGUCUUGAUGCAUGGAGCCGAUUUGUCGCAGUCUCUUCUGGCAAACCCAGUUGGGCAUGAUGAAACGAUUCAGGGUAAGUCAGAGGUUUACGCGUCCCACUCUUCAUGUGAUAUGAUAAUAUCCAACCGCAAGAAGAGAGAACCAAUAGUGUUUCCAGAUUUGGAUGAUGCGCAUUCAGAAGAGACUCAACGGUUUGUAGCGGAUUUGGCAGCACGGCACUUCGGUGAGAACGUUGUCAGUACAAAUUUAAUACACGAGCAUAUUCGGCGUAUGUUUGAGAGCUUUGCCACUCUAGGCUAUCAAAACCCUGAGAGCCUUAACUCGGAUACAUACUUUCUUUCAAAGUUGGAGCAAGUCCGACGAGAAGCGUCUCGUGUGAUGGGCAUGGGUGAUGCCAGAGGUAAGAACCUCCCUAAGGUCUGCGUUCUGUCGCCGCCACUGAAUCCCCUUCACAGCAUCGCAAGCCGUUAUUUCGUUCCAGACCGUUGCCAUUCGGCGCAUGCUGUGACUGGCGCCAUAGCGAUAGCUGUAGCGACCACAUUCGAGGGGACGGUAGCUGAUAGUAUCAAUGUGUUUCAAACUGGGGAGCGGAGGAACGUCGUCGUGGAGCACCCCAGCGGCACGGUGACGAUCGAAAUGACUUUGGAUGUAUCGGGUUCUCCUGUCGGCAAAACUACGGGCGAAAAAGUAAACGGAAGAGUGCUCGAGGCAAAAAUACGGAGGACCACAAGACCCAUAGUUGACGGCAAAUUGUUUGUCCCAGAACAGUUUUACGCAGAGUGACACGCACCCGCCGCGGCGGUGACGAAUCGUCUGACGUGGGCUCAUGCCGAAAUGUUGCACGGUUGAUGUGGCACGUCAUUGUUGCUUGCGAGCUCUGUCCGAAUUGGCACUCCUUGCGGCCACUCGUCUUUACGGCCCCAUCCGCCGGGGCCCUACCUUUACCUUUGAACCGCCGGCUCAUGGCGGGGCGAAGUUCCAGGUCCCGCCCCAUUCGUGCGCGCCUCCAGGGAGGAGGAGGAGGAGGAGGAGGAGGAGGAGCGAGAUGGCAGGCGACAGGGCCCGGAACAGCAGGCGGGCGGCGAGACGGCGGCACAGGCGGGCAGCUCCGCGGGAGAGGGGCCUGCGCGCGCUCAGCGCCGACCGCGCGGGGCUUGACACGGGGGCGACGACGGCGGGGGCGGUGCCGCGCGCCGGUUCCAGCUGUCGCGGGCGGACACUGCCCCCGCGGUCGCUGUCGACGGGGGCGCUGCCGCUCUCGCUGCGGGCGCGCCUGCCGGACAGCAGCCGCGGCCAGUCCCGGAGAGCAGCUGCUGCCUCGCUCCGCCCCGUCGGCGCCGCCCCCAUGCCGAGCGAGCGCCGGCGAGCGCGCCGGCGGCCGCGUGGAAGGUCCGCGGUGCCCGGCCCCGAGCGCA